AUGCAGGAGGUUCUGAGAAAUGAGAGCCCCUACGGCCUGCCUGGCCUCAACCCCCUAAGGAUGGACCCUCCUGUUCCCGCUGCUGCUGCCCCUGUCCCAGCCCCAGUCCUAGCUCUAGCCCCUGUGCAGCACCCCCAGGCACUCCCUGACCUAUUAUGUCCAUCGGCCCUUGUUUCCUCUGGACAGCAAGUAGGUGGCAAAGAAAGAGGAGCUUGUCUCUGGAGGCCCUGGCUGUCCUCUACAAGUGACCCUUCGAGCCAGGUUUGGAGACUGGUAGAUUCGGCUACUGGUGGUCCAACAGGUGCAGAAGUCACGAAGGCUGACUCCGAGUUCCAUCAUCCCGUCAGGCUCUUCUGGCCUAAAUCCCGCUCCUUUGACUACCUAUACAGUGAUGGGAAGAUUUUACUGCAGAACUUCCCUGUCCAGGCAACCAUCAACCUAUAUGAGGAUUCAGACAGUGAAGAGGAGGAGGAGGAAGAAGAAAAGGACGAGGAAGAGGAGACAGAGGAAAGGGGGCCAGAAGAGUGUGUGAGGGUACCAAGGUCAGCACCACACACGGCCACUGUUCAUCUUCCUUCCCCUCUCCUGACAUGCCCAAACUGAACUGGUCAGAGUCUGAUCGGGGUUCAGUAUGACUGGCAAGGCUCUAGAACAUCAAUGAGGCAGCAAUCUCCAGAUACAGCUUUCUGGAUUAUACGUUGGGCCCUGGAGUGCCCAGCUCACAGUGGCUGUAUUCAGUUAGCCUGUGAGCCCAGGCCUCUGGCAUCUCAUUGUCUGUGUUGCUGUGGUGUUGACAAUGAGGGGUCCAAGGAGCUCUAGGGGAAAACCUGCUUUCUGAAGCACCUUAGAAGCAGUUCAAGACAAUACCUGCUUAUGCAGAGAGAACCAGUUACUCCUUAGGGGGUCUUUGACUCCCCAGCAUUCCAGCUAGCCCCAGAGUCCUGCCUUCCUUCAUAAAGCCUGACUUCUGGCUUCCCCUGCAGAGACACCAAUAUCAGAUCCAAGCAAAAUGGGGGCACAUCUUUGAGGCACCUUGCAGGAUAGGAAAGGGGCACCUAGGAAAUCAGCUUGCUUUGGAGAACCUCCAUAUAUUUUGCAUGCUAUCCACUGAGGUCUGUAUGUUGGUAUGAAAUAAAUCAGGUGAAAAAUAAA